AUUCAGUAGUUACUGUCCCCUUUCAUAUUUGAACCCUAAACAUCGAAACAUUGGAAUUAAAAGUAAGCUCUGUAUUGUAGUUUCUGAGAAAUGUGCAACAGAAGGACUGAAAGAAUGAAUUGGUCAAACAGUAUACCAUCCUCCUCAGGAAAAGGGGAUGAAGAAUCAGAAGAUGAAGAAACUGAGGAAUCUUGGGAACAAGAUUGUGACAAGGGACAUCAGAAUGGGAAUAUGGGAUAUAACUCUGAGGAAAAUUGUGAUACUGAAGUAAAGUCAGAAAAAAGUGAAAAUCAUAAUGACAAUAAGAGAAAAGGUAAUAGAAGUAAUAAACAGCACGCUCUAGUUGAUGAAAAACAGUUUCAUACAUCACAAAAUACAAAUGAAAGCUAGUCGUUAAUUUAAAAACAUGUAGUUGGUGUUUUGACUUUUUCAAUGUAUUUUAUCAUUUUUCAU